GAACAAAAAUGAAUUUCGAAAAUACCCCUAGACACUAAAGAGCUGCACAAGAAACUGGUUACCCAAUUGACUAUCGCUGCAAACAUUUGCCGUACGUAUGAACAGCUGUCAGAUUUAUGCGCACGGUUAAGCCGCCCGCCGGUUAAUCCGUCCCCGGAUAAUCGACGUUCUACUGUAUAUAAAAAUCUCGUGUCACGGUGUUUGUUGCGAGCAACCUCCGAAACGGCUGGAUCAUUUUCAACGAAACUUUGCACACAGCUUAUGGUGGUAUGAGAAUAGGUUUUAGGACUUAAACAUCGUUCAGAUGUUACACUAAACUUAAUUUAAUAAUGAUUUUCUAACUCCCAUACAAAGAGUAGGAUUGUUGUUGUGUUGUAUACGGCACUUUGACACUUGAUGUGAGGUGCCUGGCGGUUUACACUCGAUGAUCGGAUCCUGAGGGGAUACGUGCACGAUACAACUAUCCCAAGUAACAAAUCAAUAAUGGAAUAUUUUAAUUAUUUUUUUUUUUUGAAUAACUAAGUUUGUCGGGCCAGCUAGUUUGGUUAUAAAAAACAUGGUAUGAGACCACCUGGACUACAUACACUUUGAUUCUGGAUUUCACCAUCUGAUCUCUUUUAUACACCUUGGGAUAAAUGUAAACAACACCGUGUUUUCGAGCAGGUACUCGAAUCUAAUUCUAGCUUUGAGGCUAGCAUAAUCUAGACUGAAAAUCGCAGGCUAGUUUUUUGUCUGGUUUUGUAUGAAGUGUUUACAUGAUUUCAGCCUCCAAUUGUCAGACUCCAUAUAAAAAAGCUGACUAGAAUCGUGAAGGUCCCCACUAUCAGAACUUUCAGAAGCAUAUUUAUUUUAUUUGUCAGAAGCAUUGUACUACGGACGUCACACGAGGCGUAAACUCAAAAAGUUUACGCUUGAUUUGUAUGGGAGAGCGUAAACUUCCUGUCAAAAGAUUAUAGGGUUGUAUGGCUGAAAUUCAGUUUACGCCAAAGUUUACGCUUCGUGUGACGUCCGUAUACUAUCGGAAGCAGAACACAUUUGCCGUUUUAACAUGUGGAAUGUUUUUACCUUAGUCGGAAGCGCAUAACGCUGCGAUACAUGCGUACAGCUCGGAUGGCUGGUGCACGAGCACCGAAACUUCGCGGACAUUUCCAGAGUAAAUCGAAUGCAUUGAACGCUACGCACGAGUUGGGUAAGGCACUGGUCUAAUCUUGUUGCGUGCAACAUUGUUGCUGGCAAAAUGUAUGGAUUUUGACAGCUAGCGCAACUUUGUUGCCGGCCAAAAUCAAACCAAUUUGAUUUUUGUCUGGCAACAUUUUGUAUUUACCUUGGUCAUGGUAAACGGGUGUAUGAAAUAACACAGCAGCUGUGUGUAUUUUGUUGACAUCCGCUAAAUUUGGAUUUUAAGCAUUUAUAAUACAUUUUUUGGUGUAUAUUUUAUUUUUCAAAACUUUAUUAAACAAGUGAAUAAUAAAAAAUAAACUCUGAGCUGUUAAUUGGUUAAUUUUUGACGCUAAACAAUGUCAAAGUGAAAUGUUGCCAGCAACAUUCAUAGACCACCUCAGCGAUAUGUUUCCGAGCAACAAUGUUGCGCGCAACAACAUUAAGGCCGGGCUACAUUGAUCGUACUCCUGAGUGUAAUUUUUGUGAACGCAUACGCCAUCUAGCGGCGGCGGGUCGAAGCUAGAGGCUGGUAUAAUUUAUCUGUCAAAAAGCGUUUUGGGUCGAGGAGCCUAUAAUUUUGAUCACAAACCAGUAAACAAACAGCUCGGUGAGUAUGUUCGAUAUUUUGUCGUGUAUGUUUUUUUGAAAAUAUGUGGUAAUUUAACAUACAUAUUGUAUUUCUAGCCAUGGAACAAGCAGGAAGCAGUCGACGCAAUGAAAAAAUAGAUCAUGAAAAAAGCCUCCGCUUCAUUGCCGAGGUGCAAAAGCACCGUGUUUUGUGGGAGAAAAAAAAUAAAAACUAUAAAAAUGUAGUUUUGAAGGGCGACGCGUGGGCUGCGAUAGCGGCCAAGGAGGAGGUUUCGCCACAAGAUGCGAAACAUCUGUGGUCCCGACUCCUUGGCAUUUAUCGGACCAACAAGGCCAAGGUCAAGAAGACGACGCAAACCGGUGCAGGCAAUGACGACGUGUUCCGGCCACGGUGGUUCGCCUACCAAGCGAUGUCUUUUGUAGACGAGGCCACCCAAGAUGCGGUGCAUGUAGACACGGUGAGUAUGUUUAUACUUAUUUUAAAUAACUAG